UCACCUCUUUCACCUCUUUCAGCACUUUUGUUUCUCUCUUGAGUGAAAAGAAAGGCCUUUGAGCUUGAAGGGGCACCACCAAAGGCCAUAAUACAUCACCACCACCUUAAGACAUAUACUACUUCAAACAGACUUUGAUAUGCAAGUGGCGGCAGAACUUCAACACACCCAUCACCGCCAAGACACUCCGAUGUGCCGCCAAAUCCAGCUCACCAUAUCCGAUCACACCCUCUCGCACACUACUGCUGUCGCUGGGGAUGGCGUCUCCGACAAGCUUGACGGGGAGGAUCUCUUCAUUCCGCCUCUCAACUUCGCCAUGGUUGAUAAUGGCAUUUUCCGCUCUGGCUUCCCAGAACCUGCCAACUUCUCCUUCCUCCAAACCCUUGGCCUCCGCUCCAUCAUAUAUUUGUGUCCCGAACCUUAUCCGGAGGCCAACAUGGAGUUCCUCAAGUCAAAUGGGAUCAAGCUUUAUCAUUUUGGAAUCGAGGGUCAUAAGGAACCUUUUGUGAACAUCCCAGAGGACACAAUCCGUGAAGCGCUGAAAGUUGUCCUUGAUGUCAGGAAUCACCCAGUUAUAAUUCACUGUAAGCGGGGAAAGCACCGAACGGGUUGUUUGGUAGGAUGCUAUAGAAAAUUGCAGAAGUGGUGCUUGUCAUCUGUGUUUGAUGAGUAUCAGCGCUUUGCAGCUGCGAAAGCAAGAGUUUCAGAUCAGAGGUUUGUAGAGUUGUUUGAUAUUUCCAGCAUGAAACAUUUGCCUAUAACCUUUUCAUGUCUGAAGAGGUAACAGACCGAGUUAUGUAUGCUGAGUUGGGUUUACUUUCUUUUGUUGGUGAAAGUGAACUCCAUGUUCUUCCAUUAAAUAAAUAGGAAAAGGUGAUGAACUCCUUCAAUGCAUUGCAGCGGCAAAGGAUAAUUCUUCUUCUUCCAUUCUUAAAAUAAGAUAAGAAAAUCGUAGGCAUACUAGAUCAUUACCUACCCAUAUAUGUAUGUGUUAUUAUAUAUCCUUCUUCCAUACUUGGCCCUUCGUGUACCUCACCAGUCACUCACUACCUUUUAUUAUUUUCUUUCUCUUUGCUUUAUGUUCCUUUUUGCUGCUCUACUAUUCAUCAACAAUGAGUGUAGAUAUAUGUCUUGAUUUUUUCUUGAGACUCGGAGAAAUUCAAGAAGGCCACAACAAUGCCUUGUUUGUCUGCCUAGAAUCUUGAUGGAUAGUAAAAGCAGAGAAAUUAUUGUAAUCUUGCUUUCCUUAUUGAGUUGAGAUAGUUCAGUUC